AUCAGAAAAUACAAAAAAUUAACCAAAAAGUUAAACAAAUGCUGCCACCUAGUGUGCCUUGACAAUAGCUCUGCUUUUCUUUUGAAAAUUUGAGAUUAAAUUAUUUUUGUCCUGAUAUUCAACCAAAUAUUGAUCACUUAAAAAAGAAAAUUAAAGCAAACAUGUCAAGUUUAGGACAAUUUACUUUAAAUAAGUUUCAAUUAAAUAAAACAGGUUGGUGAGCUAAGUGACAAAGAGUUGAUGUGUAAAUGGUUGUCCUCCCAGGAAACAAUAUACCAACAACAGUUGUCUGACCUUGAGAAGCAACUACAAGGUCUUGAAGAGGAAAAGAAAUCUGUUAAAAAGAACUUGCAGGAUGAAAAGGAGAAAUUCUGUGCCAAUAUUUCCCAAUUCUAUAUCAAUUUUGGUCCCAGAAGUUCUUGCAGCACAGAGAGAGAAGGAAAAUUAAGUUCCAUGUUUCAAGAUUUGCUGAUGGAAAGAGAAAAAUAUCAAUCAAAUCAAGAGAAAUAUAGUGUUAGAGAGGAAUCUGUUAAAAAACUUUGUACAGAAAAAGAAAACUUGAAGACACAGCUUGAGAAAAUCUUCUUAGAAAAUAACAAGUUGACAUCAAGCCUGUGUGAGGAGCUCCAGAAAUCAACAGAUUUGGAAGAGGAAAAACUAACAGUUACCAAGAUUCCAACCACAGAUCCUGAGUUUAUACGCAUACAAGAGGAACUAGAGUCAGAGAGACAAGUGAGUUCUGACCUUGAACAGCAGUAUAGCCAUGUACAAUCUCAACUACACCAACUUCAUCAGAAACUAUGGCAACAGCAACUUAGACAACAACAACAGGCAAAACAGACAUACACAACAACGGUUAAUUCUCACCUUGUACAAGACGGUAAUAAAACUCAAUCAGGACAGCCUAUCGCUUGGCAACAAAGAAGAAACAUGGAGAAUGAUGGACAAACAAGGCAACAGAAAAGUGAUCCUGUAAAAAAGACAAUGAAAGUCUUGGCUCAGAACUCGGGUAGCACUGCAGGCGGCCAGAUCAAGAAAACAGGAAAUGCUGUAUCCAGUUAUUAUGACAAAAACAGUCAACAAAAUUCAGAUGUAAGUACAUUAACCAAAGGAUUUCUUUUUAUUUUAAUAAGAAAAACAAAACAAAAUUAUAAAGCUUUUAUAACUCCACAAAUAGAAAUAAUGAACCUUGAUACAAAAGAAA